AUGAAUGGGAAUGUCGAAGACAAUCGCCGCAAAGAUGCUAAUACGAGAACCGCAUGCUUCCGUUGCCGUGGCUUCAGACAUGCGUGCGAUCGCAAGCGGCCGAGUUGUUCGAGGUGUCAAGGCAAAGGCGUGAAUUGUGUCUAUCCUGAAGCAGCGCCGACGAUGAAGAAGUUGCAGCAGCUAGCCGAUGACCUUGCAAAAAGAGUUACAAGCCUAGAGAACCUGGUAGCCAUGAGUGAACCAACGGCCGUGGCCGAGCAUGUCAAGAGUCAGCCUUUGCUGAUGAAACAUUUUGCCUUGUAUCCCUGUCAAAAGUGCAAUCAUCUUCAACAACCAUGCGACAUGAGAUUGCCAAGUUGUAGUCGCUGCACGGAACACGGCAUCGCUUGUACCUAUCUUUAUGAUGAAAAGCCCAAGGUGUAUCAUAUCUCACAUGCCAUAUCCACCAUGAACAACGUCCUCGACGAAUACGAAUCCACUAUGCACACUUUGCCUUCCAUGAUACCCUCCGACAACGCAUCUCCUUCUUCCAUUUCUACCACCGAUUCCAACAGCACAUCCGAUGAUCCUACAACUGCCACUACUAUGGUCAAUACAACAACAACAACAACAACAACAACCUAUCGAAAGCCUAUUUGGACCAUCAUGUCAACACCCAAAGGCUUUUCAGGGGUUGCUCAUGUCUCAUCAUACAAUGAGUUACGGAUGUUGCUGGAUCACGUCCAUGAUACUCAACCAGGCAACAAUUUCCUUCACAAGAACGACAUCCGUAUUAUGCAACAACAACCAUUAUCCAUUGAAGCAGGAACAUCAUCUACAGCCGAUAUGCCUUUUUCAAUAUGGAAAGCAUGGGCAAAUCCUACACAAGAGCUUCCUCGGGAUUAUCCAAUCGAUGUCACAUCUCAAUUGACAGGCGACCUAUUAGAGUUGUAUUCUCGUACGCCAUGUUGUUCAAUGAAUCGCCUUCCUAUUGUGGAUGGAAAGGAUAUCCUUGCACGCUAUUACAGCCCUGAUCCAAGUCAACGUCCAAGCAAGGUGUUGGUGUAUGCUAUUUGUGCCAUGACAGCUCGUAAUGCCUUCCAGGUGCAUGUUUGGAGCAAACGACCCGCCCAUGAGACGCCUCAAUACAAUAUGGGCAAAGCCCUUUCGAUUGCGUAUUGGUUAUCAGCACGUAAAUUGUUGGCAGAAUGUUUCGAUGAGCCCUCCCUGGAUACGUGUCGGGCGGCAUUAUUCUUGUCAUACUGCAGCCAUCACAAUGGAUACCUGAAUCUGGUUCGCUUUUAUGAUUGGAUCACCGUUUCCAUGGCACAAGAACUAGGCUUGUUUGAUCGCAAAGAGCAACCCUAUUACGAUGCAUUGCUUGCCUGGGUCAUUUACUAUUGGCAUGUUUGGAUGCGUGUAUUGGGCGCUGGAUCAUCUCAUAAAUCAGUUCCCAGGCCUUCGGUUCCACCACCUUCUCCACCACCCUUGACAACGCCAAUGGAUGACGAAGACUACAACGUAUACAACGUCCUACGAUCAUGGUGCUAUCGUUUCCAGCUCCAGCUACAACGAGAUGAAAUCAUGUCAUGCACCCUAUCAGCACAAAAGCAGGAUCUAAGUGCUGAGCAUCUAUCGCAAAUGUUCAAGCCUCUUGAAGCGGAUUUGAAGGCGUUAUUUGAAUCAUUACCAGAUAAUUGGCGGCAAGAUCCACCCAAGCAACAAGCUCCCGACAACAAUGAUCAGCGAAAAGAGAAUGGUUACACAAUUGGACGAGACAUGCUUGAAUACGCGUGUAUUGUGGAGGUGCAAGUUCAAUAUUACAUCAAUGUGAUCAUGCUCUAUUAUCCAUUUCUUCCCUCGUCAUCAUCAUCAUCCAACACAAGAUCAUUGUCACCAUUUACCCGUCGCUGUCUUAGGGUGUGUUUACACGCAGCUCAAACUAUCACAUGCGCAAUCGAGAACAUUGUCCAAGGUUGUUCAGUUCCGCUGAUCGGUCUGGUCUUUAGCAAUAGCGUCUAUCAACGCAUAUUCCAAUGCACACGCAGCCCAGCAGCUCUACAAGCCAUGCAACAAUCCCUUGUCAUAUCCAAAGCAAGUCUUCAUUAUGCCUAUGACUUUGAAUCACAUCGACCCCUUGUACGGCUUAUGGAACAAAAGGUGCAUGCUGUAGAUGGCAAAGGAGGAGGGGGUGGAGGGGGAGGAGAGCAACAGCAGCAGCAAGCAGAUGUAGUGAUGGGAUGGUUACCAUAA